AUGCAAGCAAAUGAAUUAGCUAAGAGUGAUUUAUUCAGUGCAAUUCUUAUUGUUGUAAUUAUCAUAUCAGUAGCAGGAAUUAUUGUUGAAAUAUGGGUGAUAUUUAAGACAACAAAUCGUAUUUUAUUACAUCGAAAUACUCGAAUUUUAAUUAUCACACAUCAAUUAUGGCUUAUUCUUCAUUGUGCUGCAAGAAUAUUUGCCCAUUUGUAUGUGUUAGUGUUAUAUCAGAAAACAUAUACUGAUCCAUGUGGGUAUAUGGUUUACCCAUGGGAAUGUUUCAUGAUGCGAACACCAAUUACUUUAACAUUACUCCUAAAUGCUACAUCAAUACCGACAGUUGUAAUUGAACGAGCUCUUGCAACAUAUUUCUCUGCAAAAUAUGAAAAAUUUGGAAAAACUAUCGCUAUUGUACUUUUCAUAGCACAGUUAGCUAUUGGCUUUGGAAGUUUCAUUUUUAUUGUUAGCAAUUUCAAUUUGUUCGAUUCAAAAAAAGUAGUUUACUGUUCAACAGCAAAUGAAGGAAAUGCGCUAAAAUCAGCUAUCAUUUUUGGCUUUUAUACAAUCAUCGAUUUCAUUUCUGCUUUAACACUUCCAUUUUUAAUUUGCAUUAAUAAGAAAUUUCAUCGAAAUAAAAUUCAUGUUAACUUAUCACAUCGUUAUCAAAUUAUGGAAAAUAUCAAUUCUCUUCAAACAUUAUCACCAAUGGUAGCAUUUUACUCGAUAUUCCUAGCAAUUUUUAUGGGUGCAUUAUUUAUGCAUUUUGCAUUCCACUUCAAAUUUUCACCAAAACAAUUUGCUAUCUAUCUUGAAAGUACUCAGCAAACUCCGCUAUAUGCAUUAACCUUACCAAUUGCUAUAGUAUGGACAGAAAAAUAUAUCAGGAAAACUGUUCAGGAAAAUUGCCGGAAAGCUAUAGAAUUAAAGGGCAAUGAAGCAGCUAAUCAUUACUUUACAAUUUUCGAAAGACCUGCAGGAAAGAAUGCUUAA